UUGCCUUUUUCGUCCGAAAGAGCGAGAUAGUCCUGUUCCGCGACAUGAAGUUCAAUCCGGCUGUUUGCCUGCUACUCGCGCUCUUCUGCGCCUGCCUUGACGCCAUUGCUGCCGAGGCUCUCAAAAGCAACGCUCCCGAGUGCCCCCGAGGGAUUCCAGCUUCAGUGUGCAAAAGGAGAAUACGACUCUUUCCGUUCCCGAGAAUCGGCCGUCGACAGGAUCCCGAUUUCGAGAGGGUCGCCAGGAGUUUUGGGCUGAUCAAGCAGCCGAGAAUCGGCAGGUCCGAUCCAACCAUGUCCGGCUCGAGCAAGUGGAUACACGAGGAUGGCUGGCUGGACGACGCGAGCAACGAUUCCGCCAACUCGGCGGCUUACCGUCGUCGAGCGGCAGAGGAGGAAAAGGAGGAGGGCCUGAACAACCUCUCCGCCCAGCGAAGGGACUCCAACGCACCCUGGGCAUUCUUCGUCAUCACGCCUAAUUUUCAAAGCUUGGACCAACAACAGACGGUCGAUGGGUUGAUGUCCCAGCUCGAGCAUGGAAACGAUUACGGGAUGGACGAGUGAUGAGCAGAGAGACGUCGCUUGGCCUUUCGAUUUUUUUUUUUUUUUCUUUCUUUCUAUUAGGCUUCAGAUUGAUGUGUUGUGCUGUAUUAUUGUAACUAUCAUGUAUAAAUAAAGAGGUUGAAAUAAUAA